AUGUCACCAAAUAGAAACACUACAGAAAAAAUGAGUAUAAAAAGCAAGGAUAAUAAAAAUGCAAAAAAUAAGGAGGAGAUGCUUAGUUCAGAAGAAACUCAAAUGUCAAAUUUGAUGAGUGCUAACAAAGAGAAGAAACAGGUGAGUGCUAACAAAGACAUAGCCCCAAGUCAGAUAGUUAUACCAGACGCUUCCUAUGUCGGUUGGCAACAGAUCAGUGGCUGGGAAGAAAAUGAUGCUUUAACUCCUGAAGAUGAAUUAUUAGAUUUAAAUACAGAAACUAUCCUAGAUAAUGUUAUACCAGAUAAAUUUUAUGGCGAUUGGUAUCAUUUCGUAGGGAUAUUUGGUCUUGGAGGGAGUUUGUCCUUUUUUUUUGGUUAUUUUAAAUUUUCAUUAGCUCCAGUCUUUAUUAUUAUGGCAUUAUUGGGAUUAUAUGCCAGAACAAACUCAAAAAAGUAUAGACAGUCAAUCAGAGAUUUGAUAGAGAAAGAAUUUGCCGUUGAUAAAAUUGAGAAUGACUACGAAACUUUAGAAUGGUUAAAUACAUUUUUGGACACAUACUGGCCUAUAAUCGAACCAACUGUAUCACAUGAUAUUGUUAGAGAAGUUAAUAAGAUACUAUCUGAUAAUCCUGCUAUUCCAUCCUUCAUUAAGAAUUUAUGGAUUGACACAUUCUCUUUGGGUGUUAAACCACCUCGUAUUGAAAAGGUGAAAACGUUUUCAAACACAUCCCCAGAUGUAGCCAUUAUGGAUUGGACUGUAUCAUUUACUCCUCAUGACUUAUCAGAUAUGGAUAUUAAGAAGCUUAAGAAUUACGUUAAUCAAGUGGUUAUAGUUAAGGCAAAAUUAUUAGGCAUAAAAUUAGAGGUUGCAAUUUCUGAGAUUUCUUUCAAAGUAGAUAUUAGAUUAAAAUUUCAAUUAAUGCCCGACUUCCCACAUAUCGAAACCGUGAAUAUUCAAUUAUUAACAGUGCCCGAGAUUGAUUUUGUUGCUCGUUUAUUUACAGACAGCAUUUUUAGUUGGGAGUUACUUGCUAUACCAGGUCUUUACACAAUGGUUCAAUUCCUAGCCAAAAAAUACAUGGGUCCAAUUCUUUUACCACCCUUUUCACUACAAUUGAACAUUCCACAAUUAUUGAGUAAAUCAAACUUAUCGGUCGGUGUUUUAGAGAUUGAUGUUAAAAAAGCUACGAAAUUAAGGCUACCUUCUUCAAUGUUCUCUAGUAAGAAUUUAUAUAUUCAAUUUAAAGUUAGUCACCAGAAAUUAGCUAGAACAAAAGUGGCUACUGAUUCUCAACAUCCAGAAUGGAACGAAAAGUUGUAUAUACUGCUUCCUUCAUUUAAUGAGCCACUUAAUGUUUCCAUUGUAAAUGAACGUAAAAAUAUUAAGGAUAAGUCUCUAGCAUCAUUUGAUUUUGAUUUAAACAAAUUGAGCCAUGAUAAUAUACAGAAAAAUCUGUCUCAAAAGUUUUUGAACAAUUUAAAACCAGCUGGUGUCCUAGAUUUCAAUGCUAAAUUCUAUCCAGCAAUCGAAAGAAAAACUUUGCCUGAUGGUAGUGUCGAAGAAUUGCCUGACUUGAAUACAGGGUUGGCCAAGAUUUGUAUUAAAGCUUGCAGGGGUAUUAAUGAUGACAUAACUAAAAAAGUAUCUGCCUAUGCAGAAUUGUACAUUAAUACAAAGUUAGAAUUAACAACUUCUAAAUGUACAAAGACGAAUGUGCUCGAAUGGAAUGCGGAACACGAAUUACUGGUUAUGAACCGCCAUACAUCACGUUGCAAGAUCAUACUGAAAGACAGAAAAGGAAAAGAAAUAGGAUCAACUGUCCAAUCUUUGAACGACCUAAUUGAUAGGCAGAACAUUGAAAAAACCUGGAUUCCAUUGAAGGGUACUAAAAUUGAAAUUUGUGUAUCAACCUUUUGGAAACCCGUUCAAUUUGAUGAGGAAUCCAGUGCACUGAUUUACAAUGCACCAAUUGGUACAGUUAGAAUGUUUGUGAAUAAAGCCACUUUUGUUGGCCAGCCAACGUCUAAAAAUCCCUACAUUAGGGUACUUGUUAAUAAUAUCACAAAGGAUAGAACCAGUGACGCUACCGAUAUAAAAAACUGCUCUUGGAACGAAUCAAUGUAUGUUACUGUUUCGUCUCCAAAUCAAAAAAUUUCAUUAGAAUGUAUGGAGGUGACAGAUACUGGACAUCACAGAUCUGUUGGUAAAUUUGAUGUUCCUAUUCAAGACAUGUUCGAUAAGGACGAUUCGGAUAGAUAUAUUGAGAAGAUCGAGGAUAAAAAAAAAGUUGGAAAGCUUGUAAAAGCUAACGAGACUGUGGCGGAGUUGUCAUAUUAUAUAUCAUUUUAUCCAACGUUACCAGUUUUGACAAUUGAUGAAUUAAAUGAACUAGACAUUUUAAAUGAAAGAAAGAAGAAACUAGAGGUUCUAAAAUUAAAGAGUCUAGAGACUGGAGAAUCAACUAUAGAUGAGAAAAAGCACAUUGAAACUGAAGAAUUAGAGAUCAAGGAUAGUGAGGAUAUGUAUAGUAAUAAAAUGAAGUUAGAUAUUGACGAACUUUUACAAUAUAACUCUGGUGUUAUAGCUAUAACGGUACUGGACGGUGAAGUUUCACAACCAGGGUUAUAUGUUCAAACAUAUUUUGACGCUUCAGGACAUUCCAGAUAUACCUCACCAAGGAUUGCAAUCAGAACCAUACAAACUGGUUGGAUCAUGGAUGCAAUGAUCAGUGAAUUAGAAUGGUCUGUUACGACAUUCAGGGUUACUAAGUGGAGAAAUUCUAAUAAGGCAGAUGACUGUAUAUGUGAACUUGCAAUCCCUACGAUUGAACUAGUGAAAAAUUGUUAUAAACAACCAUCAAUUGUGGCCUUAACAGGUAAAUCUACUGCCAAACUUACUGUAAGAGUUUCAUGGUUUCCAACAAAUCCUACAAAAUUGCCAUUAUCUGACCUAAUUAUAAAUAGCGGUGAUAUGUCAAUUACAGUUUCUUCAGCUGAAGAUUUGGAUGCAGGAGAUAGUAACGGCCGUUCUGAUCCUUAUGUUAAACUUUACUUAAACAAUGCUAAAGAACCAUUCUUAGAAACUAGACACAAGAAGAGAACGAGAUCUCCUACGUGGGACGAAACAGCUAAUGUUGUAGUAAAUAACAGAGUAAACGAUCACCUCCAUAUUGAUGUUUUAGACUUUGAAAGUUCAAAUAAAAGUAAAAUUCUGGGACAAGCUGUUGUGUCAUUAUCCGAAGUUGACCCAGAUGAACCAACGACACUAGACAUCCCGUUAGUAACUCCUUCUGGUAAUGACUGUGGGGUUAUCCAUUUGGAUUUUUCAUUUUCUCCACGUUAUACAUUGAAUGUUACUAAACAAACUAUUAGAAAUAAUAACGGAGAAAUUCCAGGUCUCGAUUUUAUCCCUGGUAUCAAAGUGGGUACUACUGCUGUCAAUGCAGGUGUGAGUACCCUAGGUGUCAUCAGUAAGAGCUUUGGUGGUGGUAAGAUGACAUCUAGUAGAAGGACAAAAAAAAUAGAAGAGGCAGAUUAA